UAGAGAAGGGAAGAAAAGAAGGUACAAAGAAAGCUCCAGCUCCCAUAGCGAAACAAGAAUAGGAGAAAACUUUCUCGGGGAAAGAAAAUGAUUCUGCAAAUUUUCCCGAGAAAAUAACAACAACCCAGAACAAGAACAAGAAGAAUCAGAAGGCCCAGAAGAUAGAACAGAGCUUUUGUGCAGAUAAUUUAGAAAAAAAAUAAUAAAUUUUGUGUGUGCUUGUGGGAGAAAGAAAGAAAGAUGAUAUCAUCCUUUGCGUCACCGUCGUCUUCGUCUUCGUCUUCGGCGUCGUCUUCAGUUGUGGUGCGAGUAGAGAAGGCCACAAGCGAGUUCCUGAUCGGCCCGGAUUGGACUCUCAAUAUUGAAAUUUGCGAUACCAUCAAUUCCAACCAUUGGUUAGGCAAAGAUGUGGUAAAAACCUUGAAGAAAAGGUUGCAGCACAAGAAUCCUAAAGUGCAGCUACUUUCUUUGACGCUGCUGGAGACAAUGGUGAAGAACUGCGGGGAUAAUGUGCACUUCCAAAUUGCAGAGAGAAAUAUCCUGCAAGAUAUGGUCAAAAUUGUAAAGAAGAAGACUGAUAUGAAUGUGAGGGAUAAAAUCCUAGUACUGCUCGACUCUUGGCAAGAGGCAUUUGGUGGUCCUGGAGGAAAAUAUUCGCAGUAUUAUUGGGCUUACGAAGAACUGAGGCGUUCUGGUGUGCAAUUUCCCCAGCGUUCUCGCGAUACAGCUCCGAUUUUUACUCCACCUGCAACACACGCGGGGCCUAGACUGCCUCAACCGGGUUAUGGAAUGCCAAGCAACUCUUCAACGAGACUCGAUGAAGCCAUGGCAGCUGAGGUGGAAAAUUUAAGUUUAUCAACUGUAAGUUCAAUGCGGGAUGUUCUGGAUCUUUUAGCUGACAUGCUGCAAGCCGUGAAUCCUGGAGAUUCUGCAGCUGUAAAAGAUGAAGUUAUAGUUGAUCUUGUUGACCGUUGUCGGGCCAAUCAAAAGAAACUAAUGCAGAUGUUAGCCACAACUGGGGAUGAAAAUCUUCUAGCACAGGGUCUUGAAUUAAACGAUAGUCUACAAAGCGUGCUUGCACAACAUGAUGCUAUAGCUUCUGGCACCGUACUUCCAAAUCCUGCCUCUCCCGUCAAUCGGCCAUCAAUCGAGACGCACAAGCCUGACCAAAAAAUAGCUGAAGGAUCUAGUACACCACCGGAUACUAAACCCGCUGCUCCUGUUGCUGCAAUACCAAAUUGUUUAGAUGAAGAGGAAGAUGAAGAAGACGACUUUGCUCAGUUGGCCCGAAGGCAUUCAAAAACUCCUCAAACAAAUGAAGGUGUUAGUACUACCGGCACGAUAACAUCCCAAGGAGUGUCUUCGGAUCCAGCCAUGAGCAGUGCGUUGGUUCUUCGUGACCCUCCUGCACCUGCCAAGACCACAAAUGAGCAAGAUAUAAUCGAGCUCUUGAGCAUAACCUUGUCAACUGUGUCUCCACAGGCACCUCAAACUCCUGCACAAAAUGUAAAUCAGAGGUCAGUUUCUACUACCAAUCAAGAGAACUCGCAUACCUCAUCCGAGCCUUACCCUGGAUAUCAGAGCCAGACAUUCAACAGUUAUGUAGCGCCCUGGGCUCGGUCUCAGCCCCAGCCCCAGCCUCAGCCUCAACCUCAAUUACAACAACCUCGACCUAAUGGUCAUCUUCAAUACCAAGCACAACCACAACCUCAACCUCAACAUAAUGGUCAAUUCCAAUAUCAGAUACGCCCGCAACCUCAACCUCAAUUCCCUCAGUACUCGGCUUACCCCCCUCCGCCUUGGGCUGCAACUCCUGGUUAUUUCAGCAACCCAAAUCCAUCAUCUAGGGCACCUUACAUGCCCUCAACUCUACCAGCCACUACAAGCAUGCCCACACCUGUAAAACAAGUCAACUCAUUCCCAGCAGGAGGAAGCAAUACUACAGCAAUUAAUGGAGGUGCAAGGAUCGGUGUCAACUCUGCAACAAAUCCCCCAGCUGCUGCUGCACAAAAAACGUUUAUUCCAUCUUAUAGGCUGUUUGAAGAUCUUAAUGUUUUUGGUAACGAGGACCAGAGAUUCAAGGCAACAAGCAACUCAUCUGCUGGUAUGUCUGGGGAAAACAACCAAAGUUGGAUUUCAGGGCACAAGUGAAACACAUUCAUAUAUCACAUACCAGCCAUAUAUAAUUCUGUCAAUAUUUAUGUAAAUGGGGGUGGAAUGUCUCUUUUUUUUCGUUUGUAUGCAGGGGAAUAACUUAAGAUUGAUUGAGUUUGUGGCCAUUGCACAAUUAGUGCGUAUUUUGUGCCAGGGGUUCAUAGGUUUUUUUAUGGCUACUGUUAAUGGUAUUUAGAUAUCUCAGUGGUUAGGCAUUUGGUUUCCUAUUGCAGAUGUUUCUCAGGUUAUGUUUGUAAACCAAUUUCGUUGACAUUAUUAAUCACAAAUAAUUUUCAAUCAAA